AUGAAAGUUGUCAACCCUAAGAAAAGGAAACGUGGCCAGGCAGACCCAUUGGUUGGCGGGGCUUGGAAAGCUUGGGUCAAUCAUCUGCAGCACUUGGGGCCGACAUGGCUGUAUGUCUUUGGUGUGAUGAGCCACUGCCUCUGCGCAAGGGUCACUGAGGUGAUGAAGUUGACCUUGGCUGACAUUGAUUGGGACAAUGGUACAGUUCACAUCGACAGUCUCAAGAGGCAAACAUCAACUAACAAACCAAUGCUGAAAGCUUUGUUUGACAUAAUGGCUACAUGGAAGCAAAACGGUGGAGUGAGGUUCACACGUACACGCAAGUGUGGAAGCCGCGGGCUGGUGACCUUUCAAGAUCACUGGUCUUGGCCAACAGAAAGCAAACCAGAGUUCUUUCCAGCAGUGCGCUCCGAUUGCAAGACCAAUGUGAUGAACAAGGACACAGUUUCUGCAGCUAUAAGACGUGCAAGGGCAAGCUUUGUGCCUCCAAACGUUGGGGAGGUCAAGGUUGCCAGCAUCAGGUCUCACUCAGGAAGACAUCGCGCAGUCAAUGACCUGAAAAUGCACAACGUCAAGACCGAGGUGGGCAAGCGCUUUGCCAGAAUCUCAUCGGAGGCUGUGUGGGCAAACUAUGGAAAAUUGACAGCCAAGCAAGCUGCUGAUGAGCUCCUGAAUAACAAGCAGCUCCAAGAUGACUGGCAAAAAAUCUAUGCUGAAGGCCAUUGA